AGGCUGCCUUUGUAGGCCCAUCAGGCGGCAGUUGUUUUCGCUCCAUCGUUCACCUGGGUCGUACCGUACGGCUUCAACGACACCUAAAAGACACAAGCCUGUCUCCAAUUUCAAUCGAGUGGGGGGCAACCAUCGAAGAGGGUCGUUUUGUGCUACUCUUUAUGUUGUUGCGUCGCGUCGUCUUUCCACGGUAUCCGUCGUGUAAUGCAAGCGAAUUCGGAACUGAUAUCUGGGCGUGCCAAGACAGUUGAUAUCACCACGAUGAAGCGUCGUUCGUUGGCCGGAAAUUGUGGGGUGGGAGUGUUCGUGAUAGCCCUCGUUACGGUACUGGUUGCUUUUGCAACGCCCAGUUGGUUGGUUAGUGACUAUCGGAUAACGGGAGCCAAGCUCGAUCGACUGGGGCUUUGGACCCAUUGCUUCCGAUCCCUGCCGGAUGUGAACGAUGACUACCAGCGAAGGUUUUUCGUUGGCUGUCGAUGGGUGUACGACCCUUUUACGACCGGAUACGACGAGAUCCGAGGAUUCCUGAUUCCACCUUUCAUGGUUGCAACCCAAUUUUUCUACACUCUGUGUGCUAUAGCAGUCAUUCUGGCGAUGAUCUUGGUGCUGUUCUUUUUCCUCUGCGCUGGACCAGACCAGAAGUUCUUCCUCAAGCUUAUCAAGACCAUGAGCUACCUGACGUUGGGAGCGGCUAUUUGCGGCGGCAUCGGAGUGAUCGUGUUCGCCAUCUGGGGCAAUAAGGACAAAUGGAUGCCGGAACAUGCCAACAACUGGUUCGGAUGGUCCUUCAUCUUGGCCUGCAUCGGAGCAGUUGCCUGUGGGAUUGCCUCGAGUUUAUUCUUCGCCGAGGCUCACGUGCAGACUCGCAAAAGACGGCAGUUGAAAGAGUCUCAAACGCGAUUCCAGAUCGACAGCGAAUCUAAGGCUUAAACGUUUUUUCCAUUUUUUUGUUAUCCUCCGAAAAUGGUAAGGAACAAACAUGGAAGAACUUGAACUUGAUAAAAAGUGCUCAUAGGAAAUUUAGAGACGACGAUGAAAUCUCCGAAAAGAUGAAAAAGACACGCACAGCAAGACAUUUAAAAAAUCUUUUAGCAGUUAGAAAUAGUCACGGCAGGUGAAAGUUUGCAACCGUCUUUUUACCAUAUUUUUUUUAACUAAUAUCUGCAUCUAAGAACGUUUGUAAAUACAAAUUGUUAGUUCAGAUUUAUUUUUUACAAAUGACAAAAAUCAAACUGAUCGUACUAUCUCUCGUAACAAGAAGCCGUCCGUAUUUUUAGGAAGUAGCUUAGUCUAAACUCCCAACAAAGAUUCGAAAAUCUACACUUUUAAAUGUAAAUAAUUUUAAGCACCAACUUUUAUCUGUACUACCUACUAUUUGUUCUGUUAAACAAUUCGUUUUUAUAAACUCUAGAUACGAAACAUUCCAUCAUCACAAAUCAAUGCCAAAUUAGAGCGAUAGAAGGAAUUAUCAAAGCGUUAACUACGAAACGAAAAUGAUCACUGCUAACGAUUACUUAAGUUAUCUUUUAUUUUUAUAAUUUUUUUUUUAUUUUAAAAUUCUUUUAUUUUUUUUCUUUUCGAGACUUUGGGAAACUUUUUGCGAGUGAAACCCCGAACGUCAAACUUGCUGCCUUAAAUAAGAUAAAACCGCAUAAGCGCAACAUAAGUUAAAAUGCCUUACAAGUGCCUUUAUUAUGCGCCAUUAGGGUAAGAAUCUCUAAAUUCUAUGAAUCUCGAGGAUCGGAAUAUGGUUUAUUGGAAAAAUAAAUUAUUUCAUUUUCGUUGAUUGACGUUUUCUGUGGAGCCCCGACUAGGGCAAUUUUACAUUCGCGAAUCAAUAAACAUUUACAAUCGAAACUUUUAGGUAAGUGAAACA